AUGGCUCAUAUGACGAGAGAGCGUGAUCGUGAGAGGAGUCUAAACAGUAAUGAUCGAGACAGAGGUCGAGAGUAUGAUCGAGACCGAAGUCGAGACCAUGAUCGAGACAGAGGUCGAAAUUAUGAUCGGGACAGAAGUCGAGAUUAUAACCGCGACAGAAGUCGAGACAGAAGUUUAUACAGAGAUCGUGACCGCGGUCAAGAUAGAGAUCGUGACCGCGGUCAAGACAGAGAUCGUGACCGCGGUCAAGACAGAGAUCGUGACCGCGGUCAAGACAGAGAUCGUGACCGCGGUCAAGACAGAGAUCGUGACCGCGGUGAAGACAGUGAUCGAGCAAGAGAUGAAGACAGAGAAAGAGACAGAAAAGAACGCUUCAGAAGCCGCAGGGGACGGCCGCCCAUAGGCAGCAGAGAAUGGCCCAACAGAGAAGAACAACGUCUUAGAGACGAUGAAAGCCCCCGAGAGGAUCGAGACCUUCGAGAGGAGCGGAGCCAGAAAGAGUCCCGGGAAGAAGGUGAACUCAGCGACUCCCGAGAAAAACUUGACCCCCGCGAUGGGCAAGGUGCGCCACUUAGCCGGGACCGUCGAGACGACCAGCCUGAACGAGGUCCAGGGCCAAGCACCGUCAGCCCUCGCGAGCCUCGGCGAGAAAGUGAACCGGGUGCUGGCACUGCUGGCUCCUCCAGCAGAGCCCCCAACAAGCCUCCAGCCGCGCCGCAGUCAACGCCAACGUCCUCGAGAAGCAACGCGUCGGCGCAGUGGGACAGUAGCCUGCGAAAGACCAGUAAACCCUUCGCUGGCUACUCAAAGAACACCCAGAACACCUUGAUGCAGGGGCGGCGAGGCAUCAAGAAGCGCCUCGCGAACACCCCCACCCAGUACUUCACCCUCGGCGUGGACCGCAGCGCCCGCGCGCAGCCCAUCAUGCGGCCGGAGGAGCGCAAGGGUGCCGCGCCGGCCGUGCGCCGCAAGUCCGCCACCCAGCCCGCCGACCUGCCCACCGACGAC